AAAGCCACAAUGGUAACAUUAAUCUAUCGAUAAUGGCAAUUUCUUGUUCUUGUGGCGUCUAUUUCAAUUUGUGCUUUAUUAUUUGAAAAUAUCAUUUAAAAUGAAUCGCCGCAACAAGCGCACAUCCUUCAACCAACUUACCUUUUUCCUGGACACCAUGGAGGCGAAUCCGCGCCUGGCAGCCAACAAACUAAGUCGCGCCUGCGACGCCAAGAAGUGGAAAGAGAUGAGUGUCGAGCUGAACCAGUGCCCUGUGGGUCCCAAGUUGUCGGCCGAAGACUGGCGUAAGCGCCUGAAUGACUGGAAGAACACAACGCACUCCAAGUACCGACGCAGCGUCACUGCCGGCAACAGGACCAUGAACGCACAGGAAACCCGUUGUAUGCGUAUUUUCUUCGGGGAACCAUGUUCCCAAGAGCCUGUACAGUUCGAUGAGUAUCCGGACUACGAAGAGGAUCAGCCGGAAGAGCAGGAGUAUAUCGAAGAGGAGCCACAAGCACAGUACCAGGAACUGGAGCCAGAAGAGGAAAAUGCAGCCGCCAUGCUUAUCAGUAGAGCGGAGCAGAAUUCUGCCCAAAGAAUUAGACUGCAAAACCCCGAAUCAAUCAUCUAUGAAGUUGAGACUAUUCUGCCAACUAAUACCUCUGAGGAGGAAUCAGUUUUGUCCUUCGGCAAGGAAAUCCAACACCAGAUAAAACGCAUAUCCGACAUCCAUAAAGCCGCCCUGGACUUCAAGAUUGCCCGCUUCAAGUACAAAAAUCCGGGAUUCGAAUUCAAUUUGGGGAAUAUUUAGUAUAAGACAGUUGAAUACUAAAGCAUAUGUUAACUUUAAUGUGUAAGCAUCAUCUAGUGACCUGUUAAUUCUUCUAAGAAUGGGGUAAAAGUGGAGCCGCCCCUUAAGUAAAGUUUAUUACUAUGUACAGGUUGACCAAAACUCAGUUGAAAAAUAAAUAAUCAUUAUUUUUA